AUGGAACAAUCGGACAUCACCGAGCUGGAUCAUCACGAAGAACUAACAAGAGAAAAUCACGGUGAGUUUGAAGAAGAAGAAAAGCUUCGAGAUCUGCCCAAGAUGAAAGGCUUGAUGAGUACUGGUGAAAAUCUCUUUCUUUAUGAAGGAUUUUGGAUUCCAGAAUUCUUGCUUAAGUCAGUUGUUUCCUUUCAGAAACACUUUGUUGCACGUGACACGGAUCUCAUAUUGGCUUCUUCUCUUAAGUCAGGCACCACUUGGUUGAUGGCUCUUGCCUUCUCUAUUGUCAACCGCACGCGUUUUAAAACGCACACAAAUAAUUCUCCUUUGCUUGCGGCUAAUCCACACGACAUUGUAACACACUUGGAACUCAAAUACAUGGAAUCCGAAUCUCCAAACUUUGAGGACAUGAUUCCAAAUUUUCCAAGGCUCUUUCACACCCACUUUGCUUAUGAAUUGCUUCCACCUUGUAUUAAGAGUAGUUCUAGUGCUUGCAAGAUUGUCUACAUUUGUAGGAACCCAAUGGACCUAUUUGUUUCUCUUUGGCACUUUGUUCCCAAGUUUCGAUCGAAAAACACGACGGCGCCAUCGCCGCCGCACAAUUUAGGAGAGUGUUUCGACAUGUUUUGCCGUGGGAUCCAUGACCAUGGCCCGUAUUUUGACCAUGUGUUAGGGUUUUGGAACGCAAGCUUAGAGAGUCCUCAUAAAGUCUUGUUUUUGAGGUACGAAGAUCUGAAAGAAGACUGUGUGUUUCACGUGAAACGGCUAGCAGAGUUCUUGGGCUUCCCUUUUUCUGAAGAGGAAGAGAAGCGAGGGGUUAUAAUGGAGAUAAUUGAAUUAUGCAGUUUUGGGAAAAUGAAAAAUUUGAACCCAAACACUUGUGGGACAAAUUUUUCAGGGAUACCAAAUAGCGCCUUUUUCAGAAAAGGAGAGGUGGGUGAUCGCAACAACCAUCUAACACCUUCCAUGAUUGAAUGCAUGGAGAAGCUCGUUCAAGAGAAAUUUAAAGAAUCUCUUUUCAGAUUCAAAUAG